GCCCCCCCUCCCCCGACCCUUCCGUAAAUCCACAGCUUCAUUUAGCGCACACAUAGCGGAACACGUGUCAUUCUCGACAAAGUUUGGCGUGGCCUUGCUGGCACCUGAGCGACCCUUGGACCCUUCUUGUUGACAUCCCUGUACCUGAGGAUCUGCCAGCCCCUCCUCCCCAGAUGUAGAGGGAGUUGUAAUCUUCAGCAGCCGUGUACACAAUUCUUGCGCUGUCCAGUGAAGUUGCCUACCAUGCGCGAGUACAAGCUUGUGGUGCUGGGGUCGGGAGGCGUGGGAAAGUCUGCACUGACAGUCCAAUUUGUGCAAGGCAUUUUUGUGGAGAAGUAUGACCCCACAAUAGAAGACUCCUACAGAAAGCAAGUCGAGGUCGAUGGGCAGCAAUGUAUGCUUGAAAUCCUGGACACAGCUGGAACUGAACAGUUCACGGCUAUGAGGGACCUGUACAUGAAGAAUGGCCAGGGCUUUGCUUUGGUGUACUCCAUUACAGCGCAGUCGACAUUUAACGACCUGCAGGACCUCCGGGAGCAGAUCCUGCGAGUAAAGGACACAGAGGAUGUUCCCAUGAUCCUGGUGGGAAACAAGUGUGACCUGGAGGAUGAGCGUGUGGUCGGGAAGGAGCAGGGUCAGAACCUGGCCCGUCAGUGGAACAACUGUGCCUUUUUAGAGACUUCAGCUAAAUCAAAGAUCAACGUUAAUGAGAUUUUCUAUGAUCUGGUGCGACAGAUCAACAGAAAAACGCCGAUGGAAAAGAAGAAGACAAAAAAGAAGUCAAGUUGCACACUGCUCUAAAUUGCCAUCCCACGAUAGCUCCAGGCCAGAAACUUGUAAUGAUUAACUGUUUCCCAGUGGAUCGUGCCAGCAUUCCAAGUCCUCUCCGAAGCAUUUUGAAAAAGGCUGACAGAGAAAUUUCACCACUCGCAAAAUGGCAGGAGACGGCACAUACUCUCAAGAAACUUUCUUUCUGCUCUUUAAUGGCAAAGAUAUCCACCUCUUCUUUUUUACUGUCAGCCUGAUGACAACUGUUUUGUUUUUGUCCUCUUCUCCAAGGUGUCUUUCUUUUUGGAAAUAUCAAUAUAUAAGAGGAGACCUUGGAUUUAUAUCCAUCUAUGGGAACUAAAAUGUUUUAUUAAAAGUAACAUCAGAUAUUUGACACAUUGUGACAAUGCGUUCGCAAAGGUAUCCAUGUGAAAUGUUGGUCUUCUUGUACAUUUCUGCACUAACAGUGUCAAUGAAGAUGCAUCAUUGUCCAUAAAUUACUCGCUCCUACUUACAAGGAUGUGUAUUGAUGAAAUAACAUCUUUCCUAAGUGACUUUGUUUUAUAUCGAAAGCUGCAAGCCUUCCAUAUUUCCCAUAAUAUAUUCUACUUCCAUUUUUGCAUAAUAAAGCUAAGGAAAUUAGUAUUUUAUAGACUGAUGGGGGAAAUGGUGCGUUCUGAUUUGUCUUGAGGCUGAAAAUAUAUUGUACUAAACCAACUCUAAUAUCGCUUCUUGUGUUACCCUGUCACAGAUGAUUUUCCAGCUUUUAUGAAUGAUUAAAUUUUAGUACAUUUUCAUUA